AUGGGUUUCCUCGACAAAUUACAAGCAAAGAUCGAGCUCUACCGGCUGGAGCAGCGGUAUGUCCGCCGUAAGCACCGCAGCGACUUCCACACAGGCGUUCAGUACGUCGAUGGUGAAUAUGUCUAUACAAAUGGACUCAAUUCCCCGACAGGAACAGUAUCCAAGCAAUCCACAGGCAGUUACUGGAAACCGCCUAGUUGGAAUUCACGGUCCCGGUAA